ACACUUUCCAUUUAUCAGCUGCUGGAUUUUGGAGGAGGCGGAGCUCCGCGCUGUCAGCCGCUCCGCCUCCAAGGCGUUUUGGAAGAAAGGAUCUGAAGCAAGGCAACUGCUCUUCUCAGGACAAGCAUCAGUAUUAUAUUCAAAGGAGAUUAAAACUGUGCUGGUUGAAGCUUCCGUGUAAUUUUAGAAGCGGGACGGCGUGAACGCGCCGCCCUGCGCGCUUUUUGGAGCGACGUUCAGCACGUCAGGAAACCCCGAUUUCUCAGUGCGACUUGUGUUUACACAGGAACCAUCCAGAGCCACGUUGUAGCAGGCACGUCGGGACUGAAGCCUUCUGUGCAGGGAGUGCUCACCUGUUAUUGCAGCAGGGCUGGAGCUGGGAGCCAGGCGGAAGGAGUAGGGUGAGGACAUGUGCAUGUAAGCCUCGUUGCUUUAAAUCUGAUCAUGGAAACUGUUGCAAACUAAACCAAGUGGCCUGUGCUGCAGGGAAUGAUCGGGGAUAGUCUUUCUGACAAGUAGUGAACGCGUUUGGGGCUCAGCUGGAGCAACAUGGAGAGUCGGGAUGAGAGAGAGAGGUCCGACAGGCGCUUCGUCCUGACUUAUAUCGGCUGGAGUUCGCUGGACAGGCGGACUACUCUCCCCAUGCUGCCGUGGCUGGUGGCCGAGAUCCGCCGGAGGAGCGAGAGGGGCGACGGCGGCCCCGUCAUGCAGCCCAGAGAAGUUCAACUGCUGCUGCAUCCCCCCUUCGUCCGCUGCGUCCCGUCCAACAGCAGCAACUCAUCGGUUUUUAUCUUCGAGCACAAAGCGCAGCUCAUCUCUCGCUUCAUCCACAACAGCAACGAUCUGAGUUACUUCGCCUACCUGCUGCGGGGCCAGCCGGACAACCCGGAGUCUGAGAUGUCCUGUCACGUGUUCAAGGCCUGCAACCCUAACAAGGUCCCUGAGGUGAUCUCUAGUAUUCGUCAUGUGUCCAAAUCCGCUCUGAAGGACGAUGCCAAGCCCAGACAGGAAACAGACGAGGCCUUCUACAACUCCCAGAAGUUUGAAGUACUUUAUUGUGGCAAGGUGACAGUUGGCCACAAGAAAGCUUCGUCCACCCUCAUUGAUGACUGCGUGGAUAAGUUUCGUGAGCACGAAACUGAGCGUAAGCGCCUGCGACUCCUCAACGGUCAGCGGGGGUCGGCUGAGAACACUUCUGUGGAGUUUCUCAUGGGGGGAGAAGGAGAUCCUCUGUCUUCUGCUGUGAAUGAGGAUACAGAGGAACCAGAACCCCCCGAGGUGGAAAACACAAACAAAGGUAAAUGUUCAUCCGGCAGUACCAGUCAGAGCAGCCUGCGAGGAUCCUUCCCGGAGUGCAUCCUGGAAGACUCUGGAUUUGAGGAGCCCCAGACGUUCCGUACACGCUGCAGCAGCCUGGCGGGAAGCCUGCAGAGGAAGCCAGGGGAAGGAGGCAUCAUGGGUCCCGCCACACGCCGCAGACAUGCCAGCGCACCAAACAACGUCCAGCCGUCGGACUCAGACAAGAACCGCACCAUGCUGUUCCAGGUUGGACGUUUUGAAGUAAACCUCAUAAGUCCCGACAGUAAAACAGUGGUACUGGAGAAGAACUUCAAAGACAUCUCGUCCUGCUGUCAGGGUACUAGGCAGACGGACCAUUUUGGAUUCAUCUGCAGGGACCAAUCAGAAACCGGCCCCAGCCAUUAUGUGUGCUAUGUUUUCCAGUGUGCCAGCGAGUCCUUGGUUGAUGAAGUGAUGCUGACGCUGAAGCAGGCCUUCUCUACCGCAGCAGCCUUACAGAGCAACAAGACCCCGGUACAGCUGUGCGAAGCCUGCCCCAUGCAUGACCUGCACAAGCUCUGUGAGAGGAUUGAAGGUCUCUACCCACCUCGAGCAAAGCUGGCCAUCCAAAAAUACCUCUCCCAGCUGACCGACAACGAGCAGGCGGAGAUUUUUGAGCGAGUUCAGAAACUGAAGCCUGGAUCAGACCAAGAAGAGAAUGAGUUGGCGAUUCUCCAGCUGAGACAGCUUUGUGAAGCCAAACAAAAGUCCCACCUUCAUGUCGGAGAGGCCCCGCAGCCCUCAGCCAACAGCUCCACAGCAGCAGCAGCCGGAGACGGAACAGCCACAGGCAGUCGCUUCAAACUUGACAUUCUCAAGAACAAAGCUCGCACAUCGCUCACCAGCUCUCUGGAAAACAUCUUUGCAAGGGGCGCCAGCCGAGUUCGUGGUCGCUUGGGAAGCAUGGGAAGCAUCAGCAGCUUUGAAAGAGAUGAGGAGUCUCCUGGUCACUCCCCUCCAGGUUCUCCCCCUGCCUUUCCUGACGAGGACCUGGAAUCUGGACAGCACUUCCGCCGGCGCGCUCACACCUUCAGCCACCCGCCGGUGAGGAAACGCAUCUCCUUCGAGAGCCAGCCGAUCAGUCAGACCAAACAGGCUCCUCUCCGCAGACAGCAGUCGGUGAACCCGGAGCUGCUGCAGACCAGUCCCGUGGCUGUUUCAAGGACACGCAGUGUUUCGGAGAGCGAGUCCUCCUUCAGCCUCCCCUCCUCCUUCUCUGCUCCCACUUUCCUGAAAAGCUUUUACCAAGGCUCGCUGGGCUCACUGAGCUCACUGGGAGACGGUGGGAGUCCCAAGAGCAAUAAUGGAGAAGGCAGGAAACGGACCCUGUCUAGCUGCAGCAAUGACUCGCUGAGUGGAGGUCUUCCUCAGACCCCGCGCAGGGUCUCCUGGAGACAGAAGAUCUUCCUGAGGGUGGCGUCACCCAUGAACAAGCCAUCUACAUCCAUGCAGCACACAGACCACUCUGACACCACAGAGCUGCUGCCUCUGUCUCCCCAUCCCUCAGAACCAGGUUUGGACCAUUUAAGGCGUCUUCUGUCCCCAAUGCACGACCAACCGUCCGAUAAGAGGCCUAAUAGGACAGCGGCGGACUACCGGGCUCUGUGGAAGACCGCCAUCCACCAGCAGAUUCUUCUGCUGCGCAUGGAAAAGGAGAAUCAGAGACUAGAAGCAAGUCGGGAUGAGCUCCACAUCCGCAAAGUGAAACUCAACUAUCAGGAAGUGUGCCAGUGCUCCCAGGAAGCUCAGGCAUUGUGGGAGAAAAAACUCACGGCUCCGGGCAGGACAACAAACCCACAGGACAAGGAGGAAAUCUACCGUGCACUCUGCCAAGGAGUUCCCAAAAGCAGACGUGGGGAGGUGUGGUUGUUCCUUUCCCACCAGCACCGGCUGCAGCACAGGCUUCCUCAACGGCAGCAAGCCCCCGACACCCCCUACCAAGACCUGCUAAAGCAGCUCACGGCGCAGCAGCAUGCCAUCCUAGUGGAUCUAGGCCGGACCUUCCCCACCCACCAGUACUUCUCAGCUCAGCUUGGAGCAGGUCAGCUGUCCCUCUACAACCUCCUGAAGGCCUACUCUCUGCUGGAUACAGAGGUUGGCUACUGCCAGGGUGUCAGCUUUGUGGCUGGAAUUCUGCUGCUCCACAUGAGUGAAGAACAGGCUUUUGACACGUUGAAGUUCCUGAUGUACGACCUCGGCAUCAGGCGGCAGUACAGGCCCGACAUGGUCUCUCUGCAGAUUCAGAUGUACCAACUCUCCAGGCUGCUGCACGACUACCACCGUGACUUAUACACUCACUUUGAAGAGCACGAGAUCUGCCCGAGCCUUUACGCCGCGCCAUGGUUCCUCACUCUCUUUGCCUCACAGUUCCCGCUCGGAUUUGUGUCCCGUAUCUUUGAUUUCGUGCUUGUGCAGGGAACUGAGGUGAUCUUUAAAGUGGCUCUCUGUCUGCUGAGCAGUCAUGAGGGUGAGAUAGUGGAGUGUGACGGCUUUGAGAGUAUUGUGGACUAUUUGAAAACAACACUUCCCACUCUCACACAAGCACAGAUGGAGCAGACUAUUGCAAAGGUGAUGGAGAUGGACAUCUCCAAGCAGCUGCAUGCGUACGAGGUGGAGUACCACGUCCUGCAGGAUGAGAUGCUGGAAUCUGGACCACCACCCGACGACUCUGACCGUCUCGACAGAUUAGAAAAAACAAACGUACAGUUGAAGAAACAGAACAUGGAGCUGCUGGAAAAACUUCAGGCCGCACGGCAGAAGAUCCAGUCACUGGAGAUGAGCGUAGAGACCUUCCUCUCCCGGGAGAGCAAAAUGAAGCACAUGAUUCGCUCCCUGGAGCAAGAGAGGGCAUCUUACCAGAGGACCAUAGAACGCAUGCGCUCGUGCCUUCCCCCUGAUGCCCUGACAGAUGUGGAGAUGACCCAAAUCAAAACAGGACCCAACGGGAAAGCCAAAACUGCAGCCAAGAAGCCCUGAUGGUAAUUGUGUGUGUGUGAGGGGGAGCUGCCUCCGACAUGGCUAGACACACAGGUGAGACUGACAAAUGGAGACCGCUGAGUGGAAGCCUGCCGAGCUCCUCUGCACUUCUGUGCUGGAAUGUGAUCAUUUUGUAAACGCGUAAUGUCCCGAGACAAACAGACUGUACGGGAAACAUUUGUUAGUUGGUUGGUGGGUGGAUUGUUUCUGUUAAAGUGUUUCCAUCGUGCAGGAGGAAAAAAAAACUGCUGUUUGUUUAAUGUGUUUCACUGCAGAUAUGAAGUUUGAAGGCAGAAUCAGCCUCAUCCUUCAGGUUUUAGAUCUUUUUUACUAAUCGUACGAGGGUUUCUAGAUAGCUUUCCUGUGAAAAUCAUUUGCAACACUGCCUUGAUGUAUUUACUACAUGAGUAGCACCAAACGGACAUUAUGAAUGAAAGAUGCCUGGCCCACAUAGCCAUCACCGGUGUGUGGGAGCCUUUCAAUCAUAUCUGGGAUGCAAAUCAGCCUCAGGCAACUUUAAUAGAUUUUUUUAUGACACUCGAAAUGCUUAUGAAUGUAAUAGAUCAUUGUUUCAUCACAAAAAUUCCAUGUUUGCAUUUACUUUGAUCUUCCGUCAUCGCAGCCUUAUGUGUGCACUUGCUGUUUUUUUGUUUUAAAGGAGGAAGUGUUUCUUCCAAAGCUCAGGCAGGAUGUGAGGUUGUCUGCCUCUUCAGUUUCCUGUGCGACCGGCUGCACAGUAUUUUUUUCCUUUUUUUUUUUAGCACCACCUUCAGACUCUGAGGCAGAGCUCGCACUCCCCAGGAGGCGCAGAAUAACCCGAACCGCGGUGGAGGAGCGAUCAGAGUGCUUUCUCCAUGGAAAGUCCUAGUGGCAGUUUUGCUUUUGUCAGGUUUGAAAGAAGCAGCAACAUCUCAUUCUUUAGUUUCAUGGAAGUGAGAGAGAAAAAAAACGAAUUUGUUCAGAUGAUGCAGCGCUGCUUUUCACAUCUCCAGUUUGUAGGAAACCUUGAGUGUUUAGGUGACUGAGGGAGAUGGAAAGAGAAGAAAAACAAGAACUUAAGAGCCCUUGGUUGGCCCUUCUAGUGCAUAUGCGUCCAUCUUAAAAUUAGGUAAAACACACACACACACACACUGUUGUGAAGUGGCUGACAGUGUGGUCAGACUUCAAAAAGUGCCCCUGACUCCCUCUUCAGUUUUGUUCCAUCCCACCUCCGUACCUGACUCAUCAUCACCUUUCAUUAUAGGGAGACCAGUCCAUAAAAACCAGAUCAGGGAGGUUUUAAACCACGAAACAGGUGAAUGUUUAUCAGGAUUUCUGCUCCUGGUGACAAUCUUUUAUUUUCAAAUGAGACCGUCAUCGUUUGACACCUGGUGCAGCUAAUUCCGAUCAGAUUUAUAGGCUGCUAUGUAAAAAAAAUUAAAAAUUUUCUGUUCGAAAACAUCCAACUGCUGAUUGUGAUGCAUGUGAUGCAUUAAACUAAAUAUUCCUUUGUGGUUUUGUGCAUCUUAGUACUAAACAAUCGAACCAAAGGUGCUUGUUUCAUAAACUGAAUGAGUUUAUAGAUUUAUAAAAAAAAAUGCAGUCAUGUGUUAAGGAUGAUUUUAAACCUUUUUUGCUUCAGCAUCUGCUUCUUCUUCUCUUUUUUAAACUUGAAGUGCUACCAAGUAUUGGUAGCAAAAAACUUUACAUUUAUAGAAAUAGGCUUUUUUUCCCCUUUCUUUUUUUUUGCCAAAAGUUAUAGAUGGCUUUAAUAGAUCUGAGUUAAACGACAGGCAUUUAUGUGGUCAGUGCAGGGUCUUUAUUUCACACCGGGUGCUUAGAUUCCUGACUACUAAGUAGUGCUUCUAUCACUGUUUUCAGACUUGAGGGCUACAUAAAAGCAAGGAAAUGGUGGAGUAACGUGUUGCCUUGCUCUUCUCAAGCCCAACAUCCCUCCUGCCCACUAAGCUCUAAUCAGCACUUCAGUUGUAGGAUUUAGCCUUUGUUUUAUUUCUCCUAAUUUUUGUAUCUGUACACAUAAAAUUGUGUUAAAGGUAAACAGAUUAAGAAAAUGUGUUUUAAGAGAACUACACUGGUCAUAAUAAAGAAAAUAAAAAUUGUUGUCUUGAACAUAAAUGUUCAAACCUGUAUCUUUCCAGCGUAAUUCUAAUAAAAUUGAAUCAAAUGCUUGA